AUGUUUAUUCGUUUUAUUCUACAAGUUUUUGUUUUCUGGCUUAGUGUCUAUUUAAUCAAUCAUUUGUUAUUACGUUUUCGAACUACAAAACGUUCAUAUGUUCGUUUACUUCGUUUAUUCGGUUGUCAUAUAUCAAUAUUUAAUAUUGGUUUUUAUACAACUUCAUUUAAUCGUAUUUUCUACCAAAUUGGUAGAAAAUAUCCACGUCUUUGGAAAAUUUGGUUUACUAUAGGAAUAUUUGUUGCAUUUAUCACAGCUAUUUGUGCUUGUAUUGUCCUAAUUUUUUUACCUUUAAAAUAUGUAUAUGAACUUCAACAACCGAUUGUAUCUAUGACACAAAAUUUAACUAAUAGAAAUAUUGUAAUGGAAAAUGAACGCGAUAAAUUAUCGAUUCAACCUAUUAUUCCUGGUGUUAAUGUACCAUUAGAACAAUUAGGACAUUUUUUUCUUGCUUUAGUUUUAUGUACUAUUUUUCAUGAAUUAGGACAUGCUAUAGCAGCAUCAGCUGAACAUGUUCAUGUAAAUGGUUGUGGAUAUUUUGUAUUUAUUGUUUAUCCAGGUGCUUAUGUUGAUUUAAAUCAAGAAAAAAUACAAAUGAUUACAGCUUAUAGACAAUUAAGAAUUUAUUGUGCUGGUGUUUUUCAUAAUAUGGUUCUUGUUCUUAUUGCUGUAAUAUUUCUCCUUAUUAAUCCAUUUAUAAUUAAUCAUUUUUAUAUUGAAGCAGCAACAGUUUAUCGUGUAUCAAAAGAUUCACCUAUUUAUAAUCUUCUUCCUGUUCAUUCAACAAUUCAAUAUGUUGAUGGAUGUAAUGUAAAUACAUCGAAUGAUUGGUAUCAAUGUUUACGUUUAAUUAAGGAUCGACAUCCACAACAGAAUAAUGGUUAUUGUUUAACACAAGCUGAAAUUCAAUUUCCUUCAAAUCAUAUUGAAUUUAAUCAAACAAGUAAUUAUGAUUGUUGUCAAAAUUUAUCUCAAAAAAAUUACUGUUUUCUUUAUCAUUCUAAACAACAUCUUACUCAAAAUGGUGCAUGUAUGGAAGCUCGUAGCGUAACUAACCAUCCACCUUGUUUACUUAAUAGUGAUUGUCAACGUCAAGGUAAUGAUGUUUCAUGUGUUCAUCCAUUUUCAAGUGAUAAUAUUACACGUUUAAUACGAAUUGUACAUAGUCAAGGACCACCUAUUCUUUUUGUUGGUUCAAUUAAUGAAAUUUAUCAAACAGUUAAAAUUCAAUCAUAUCAAGCUAAAUAUAACUUUGUUUCAACAAUACUCAUUACUGAUAUUCCAUUAUUUUUCCAGUAUGUUGCUGCAUUUUCAUUUGCACUUGCAUUUUUUAAUGCAGUACCAUGUUAUGCAUUUGAUGGUCAAUAUAUUUUAUUAGCUUUAAUUGAAUAUCUUUCACCAAGUUUAUAUCAACGACGUCAUAAUAGACUUAUAUUAUUUAGUUUAAUUUUUGGCACAUGUCUUCUUAUUAUCAAUAUUUCACUCGCUUUUGCUCGGUAUUUUCUUUAA